AUGCCAAAGAUCUCCAAAACGCCACGAAAUGAGCCAUCCCGUGACUCUCCGGAGGAUUUUCCGGAGUUGGCCAGAGAAGCUAGCCUCGCUGCUAACACCACGGAGCUGGCUAACGAGACAUUGCUACAACACAUCUCUGAAACGAUCGCGGCAGAGGCAAGGCGCUCUCAAACAGCCAUGGAUCAGUCAAUCGCCAAGCUGGAGCUGUCCCAUGAUGUGGCGACUUUGUGUGACGCUAUCGGGGUUCGCCAGGCGGAGGCUGAGAGCCGCAUCUCCGCUCUGGAGGACGACAUGGCGCCGCUGCAGCCUGAUUAA